AUGUUGCGGUUCCUGCGGUCUACAGCGCCGGUGGCCGGCGGCAUGUGUUCGUGGCGACAACAGUCUGCAGCCCCCGCCGCCGCCGCCGCGACGAGGACGAUGGGAGAAAGUCAUGACCCAGCUGCCCUCAACAGUAGCAGCGUUUGUGGCGGCGCGUCAAGACUGAUGGGGACGGGAUUUUCACAGUGCAAGAACGCCUACACCUGGGAGGCGUCGCGGGGCAAACCGAACAUGAUGCACCUUGUAUCCCGCCACGAGGGGGAUCUGCCGCAGCGCCUGCGCCGUUUCGGUAUGCCGCAGGGCUACCCGGACUCGUGCGCAGUGGGGUUUCGUCGCUACUUCCUCCUCUCCAUGUGCAGUAGCUCCAUGUCGAGCUUUGCUUCCUCUAUAGGUUACCAGUCUAUUCUGAAUGGAUUCUUCCUUGGAUCUUCACCGCAGCUGUGGAUGCUGAAAGACCUGCUUCCCGCCUUGGCCGCCGCGUACAUGGCAAAUCGCAUUAUUUCCUACGAGAAUCGGCCCAAGUUCUGGUUUGUGGUGAGUGUGGUGAUGCACAAUCUAUCUGUGAUCGCGGAGAUGAUAAUUCCAUUGGCUGUGCCUCAGAAUCUCCUUUUGGGUGCCGUAGUCACGUCCUGCGUGCGACAGUUGGCGUCCCUUAUGUUUUUAGUUACUAGGGCUUCUGCGUUGCAGCAUUUUGCGGUGAGUAACAACCUGGCGGAACUGACAAAGAAGUUUAACUCAUCUGGAAUGGUAAUCUACACUAUAUUCACGGCGUUAGGUAUAGCAUACACGUCUGUAGUAACAUCACUGGCGGCACAGCUUCUCACUGUGUUAUUUUGCUGCGCGGUGAAUCUGUUCACUUCGUACCAAUCUAUGAGCAAAAUUGCAUUUCGUGUCCUGAACACCACGACACUUUCUGUGGUGCUGCGCGAUUAUGUGGGGAAGGAGGGCAAGCACCGACGACACACACUGACACCAAAGGAGGUAUGCGACCGCAUUGGUUUAUCGAUGGUUGAUAAAAUGUCCCGGCGGCGUGAUGAUCGCACUUGCCUUUUGUAUGUAAGCCCCCCGGUAGACAAGCUGCGCAUCCACUUCAACAGUCUCGAAGAGGAUGUGCUGUACGUUUGCUCCUCCGAGAUGUUCCUGCUAGCGCUGUGGGAGCCCACAGCUCCUCUAACACUGCGGGAGAGUUGGAUGCGCUGGGAGCCUCCGCACGUAUUAAGGCGUCUGCUUCAUUGGCCCUCAGCGGCAGCGAAGAACGCAGUCCUUCGUGAGCAGUUUAGAAAUCGGUUGGUAUUGCUAAUUCAUCAGGAGUGUGAUCAACUGCACCUCCUCACCGCCUACCUGCUUGCGUACACAGCGCUGUUGUACCAUGCAGAGACGGCAUUUGAACUCCGUCGCUUUCUGCGCUCGUGCAAUGACGAGCAGCCGUUGUGGUUGCGCUAUGGCGCGGAGCUGCAUGAGGCGCUGCGCCGGGCAGAGUGGGACGUGCAGCAGCUCGCGCUCGACCCGCCGGACUUCCGCCUGUCGAACCUGCGCUUCGCGAUGGGCCGCGUGCCGCACCCACCGCACUGCUCACUGAGUGAAGCAGACGGGGACUACGUGUUACAUGGAUCGGCGAAAGAGUGA